AUGGAAGGGCUCGGCUUCCUCGACGCCCUCAACUCCGCUCCCAUCCCCGGCAUCAAGAUUAAGAAGAAGAAGAAGGUGUUGUCCCCCUCGGCGGCCAAGGUGAGGAGCUCGGCGGAGGCGAGCGGUGACACCAAAACCACCGAAAACCCGUCGGAAAGCGGCCAGCUCACCAAAAAAGGUCGGAAAAAGAAAACGGUGAGUUGGCCGGAAGAGAGCAAGCUCCGCGAGUACUUCUACUUCGAACUGGACGAGACCGAACGAGUCAACGUCAACAAGAUCAAGGAUUUUGGGGAAGCGGCCAAGCGGGAGAUGCUGAUGGAUCGCCAGGCCUUCGAGACGGCCCGGCGCCUCAGCCACGACGCCAUGGAGGAGAAGGUGCCCUGGGUUUAUCCCAAGCUCCUCGAUCUCCCCGCUCCCCUCGUGGUGCCGGGCAGCGGCAGCCGGGAACGCUUCACUCAGGCCGAGAGGGAGAAAGGGAUCUUGCAGGAGAUCUUCCUGUCCAAGGAGAGGAUCCCCACGGAUCUGCUGCUGGAGGCUGGGCAGGAGCUGCACAACCUCAUGGCGGGGGGGUGGGAGCCCCGGUCCCGCCGGCAGCGGGGGGGUGGGAGCCCCGGUCCCGCCGGGAUCAAUGGGGUCGGAGGCUUGAUUGCCCCUGGU